UUAAGCUAGUUCCGGGUAAUUCUACUUCUACUUCUGACGAGGAGGAGGAAGAAGAACUUUUGGAUGGUAUUAAAGUCUCGGAUAUUGAAGUUACAUGCGUUAUGGAUGUUAUUUUUUCCAAGACCAAAAAGAAAGGAAGAAUGAGAGGGAGUGCUAUUUUGGGCAAAUAGAGUCUUCUUUUCUUUGUUUUUUUGUUUUAUCAUUUAUUUUUUCGGUUAUUAGCCUUUUGGGUCAUUUUAUUUUAUUAUUUUUAAAAUCCCUUUAGGUUGAACCUGGGACGUUUGAUAAGGGGUAGGAGAGGGGUGCAUUUUGGGCCACCAUUUAUCGCCUUCACUUUUCUACAUUUUAAGAGGAAUGAGAGUUGUAGAUCGACUUAAAACGCUCAUCCAAAACCGUUGGAUUGUGAAAAACCCAUUUGUUUUUGUAAAUCAUCUCAAAUCCGCACCGGUUAAUCGGGCAUUCGCAUUUGUGGAAAUACCAGGAAUAAGGGUAACUGUUAGUUCACUGUGUGACCCUAUUUCAUCCAACUGAUGGCCCCAAAGUAAAUCGUUGUAGCCCCCAAAUAAUCUCUUUUGAGGGAGGUCGAUCCAAUAUAUUCUGCUUCCGAUGGAUGUGAAUCAAAACGAAAAACCCUGAUGAAAACAUAGAGAAACCCUGAACCUAUAGAAAUGGAGAGCUGAUUCGCGUCCUCUCCCCCUUCUGGUGUAUCCAAAACCUCAAAUUUGAUGUGGUAGACGAUGUGGGCAGUAUCUAAAACCCUAAGAAAUGUUUGUCCAAGAUUACUGGCAAAUAUUGUGGUUGAAUCAUCAUCUAGGUUAAAUACCACCACAGAUCAUUUCUUAUCUCCAACAAAGUUUUCUUCUUGUUUUAAUGGAGAUCGAACGAUGUCAACAUCAUCAAGAGGGCGUGGGAUGAGGAGUAAAGUUGAAAGUUUGAUGAGGAGAGAUGUAGGAAAAACACAGAGGGAGAUUCGUCGUGCGCGGAAUUUACGAAAGAAAUUAAUGACUGAAGAGGAAAGACUCAUUUGGAACCUUCGUAGAGCUAAAAAGAAAGUGGCACUGCUCCAACAAAGACUCAAGAAGUAUGAGUUACCAGAGCUACCACCUCCCAGACAUGACCCAGAACUGUUGACACCAGAGCAGCUUCAGGCAUAUAAGAAAAUUGGUUUUAGAAAUAGAAAUUAUGUACCAGUUGGUGUACGUGGAGUAUUUGGAGGUGUUGUUCAAAAUAUGCAUCUCCACUGGAAAUUUCACGAGACCGUGCAAGUUUGUUGUGAUAACUUCCCAAAGGAAAGAAUCAAAGAGAUGGCAACUAUGCUUGCAAGAUUGAGUGGUGGUAUUGUUAUUAAUGUACACGAUGUCAAAACAAUUAUCAUGUUCCGUGGAAGAAAUUAUCGGCAGCCAAAAAUGUUGAUACCUGUCAACACUCUUACCAAAAGAAAGGCAUUGUUUAAGGCAAGAUUUGAGCAAGCGCUUGAGUCUCAAAAGCUAAACAUAAAGAAGAUUGAACAGCAAUUACGGCGUAAAGGUGUAAAUCAUGAGGACCCAGUUGCCAUGGCCAGCAUUCAGAGGGUAGCUUCAACAUUCUUUAGUGCAAUUGACGAGAAGCAAGGAACCCCUUAUGUCUUCCAUGGGGACAAACAACCGGUAGCCAAGCAUGAUAACAGGGAAGAUGAUCACCCAUUUGCUGAGAAACAGGAACAAAAGCAGCUCGACAAAUUUAUAGCAGAUAUUGAGGAGGCUGCAGAACAAGAAUGGGAAGCCGAGGAGGCUGCAGAAAAAGAACAUACUUUUAGGAUGAAAUAUUUGAAUAGAGAAAAGUCAGAGGGGAGGAUCAGAAGAAUGAGUGGGGGAGAUUCAGAAGAUGAGAGUGAAGGAUGUGGAAGAAGGGAUUGGGACGACAGUGAUCUUAGUAGUAGUAGUAGGCCUAGGACUCGUGGUACACGUAAAUGGGAUAGUGACGAAGAUGAUAACAAUGUUGGGUCGUCGGGAGAUGAUGAAUGGGAUCAUAAUGAUCUCCACAGUGGUGAAGAUAGUUCUACCGAGGCCGUUGAAGAGUUCAAGGGAUCAAGGACUUUAAACAGGAAACAAAACGUGAAUUACACAACUGACAGCAGGGAAGCCUAUAAAAGAUCUGAUGGGUUAAAACCAAGAGGAAAAGUAUCUGAAUCAGAGGGUAAUUUAGGUGAUUCGGAGGAGGAAUCUUGGGAUUCAGGAAGAGCGAAACAAGAUAUGAGUUACAGAGCUGAGAACAAGGAAGCUCACAAGAAACUUAGUGGGAUAAGACCAAGAGGAGGGGUAUCAAAAGAAGGCUCUGAAUCAGAGGAUAUCUUAGGCGAUAUGGAAGAUGCACCAUGGGAGUUAGAUAGCGAUGAAGAAGACAAUUCAACUGUGGCUGAGCAAGCUGGUUAUGAAUACUUGUACAGUGGUGGCGAUGAGGAUUAUGACUCUACGAAAUAUCAAUUAGGUCAAACAAAUGUUAAACCAAAAACCAAGGCACCUAAUCAAGUUGAUGAGACUUGGGACAGUGAUUAACUUCUGGGUAAUUAAUUGCCUUGAUGGCGAGACAGUUUUUGAUGAGUGUCAUCCUGAGAGUAGAGGAGUCACACCUACUUAUCGAAGUCAUACGGAGUCUUCAGAAACAUUUUUUUAUUAGGAAAACAAGGUUGAUUUAGAGUAUUCAACAUUCUCUUCUAUGAAGAUCGAUCAAGAUAAAGGUUUGUGUUGUUAUCUUCAUGAGUAGUCAGUCUAAGAUCAAUGUUGUUCGAGUAUGUAAAAUGUAUUAAUAAGCAUGUUGUGGAAUACUUGUUUAAGCUCUUCUUGAGAAACACCUGAAAUCGGACAGUGAUGUUAAUCACCCUAAUUAUACCAAACGAAGAUUCAAGAA